CAGAGAGGUUCGCAGCCGGGGAGGCGGUUGCUCCGCUGUGCCUCGCGGGCCCCUGCCCCGCCCCUGUCUCAGGCGAUGCUGGCGGCUGGGGCGAUGCUGAGGAAGCGGCUGAGAAGGGAGGCGGGGCCCCCCCGCCUCUCGCCCACCGGCUCCGGUUCGGAGCCCCGCCGGCUCGUCCCCUGCCCCUGAGGAGGCCCCGGGUCGAGCCGGAGGCAGCGAGCCAGCGGCCCCCUCCGCGCCCCUUCUCCGUGCUCGAUGUCUCCCCCGCCGCGGGGGGGCUGCCGCCGCCUUGGAGUCCAGCCGCCCCGGCCCCCUCUCUGUAGCCGCCCCCUCGCCGCCGUCCCCUUCGGCCCGCAGCAGCAGCCGCCUGGGCGCGGAAGGAGCCCGGCCUCCCGCCUGUCACCGCCACCCGGCCGCCGCCAGCCCCCGGCGGCCGAGGAGCAGCGGAGAGACCCCCGGGGAAGAUGAAGGGGGAAGCGGGAGACAACUCCAUGAUCAACCUGUCGGUGCAGCAAGUGCUGAGUCUGUGGGCGCACGGCACCGUGCUGCGGAGCCUCACCGAGAUGUGGUACUGGGUUUUCCUAUGGGCUCUCUUCUCCUCUCUCUUUGUCCAUGGUGCUGUGGGAGUGUUAAUGUUUGUGAUGCUGCAGAGGCAUAGGCAGGGGAGACUAAUCUCUGUCAUUGUGGUCAGCAUUGGAUUUCUGGGUUCUGUAUCUGGAGCAAUGAUAACCAGUGCAGCAGUAGCUGGAAUUUACAGAGUAGCAGGGAAGAAUAUGGCUCCUUUGGAAGCACUGGUAUUUGGAGUUGGACAGACAGUACUGACAUUGAUUAUCUCAUUUUCAAGGAUUCUUGCUACACUUUGAGACUUCUAUGAAAAAAGUCAGUUGAUAUAAGGAAACCCUUUUGUCUGCAGAGAAGCUCCCUGAAAGUGGCUUCAAUGGCUGGAGGACAUGGAUUAGUGCAACAGGAAGCAAAUGGAACCUUUACUUCAAAUCUAGUUCAGUCAAAAGGGAAAGGACUGCCCUCUAGUGUCCAUACUGUUGUACUACUGCUCUGCACCUUAUGUGCCUCAGUCACAGGGACGGUGCAAUUAAUGUAUGUGAAACUGUGAGAUAGAGCACCUUGAAGAGCUGCCAAUCAGGUUAACGCUUGAUGAUGAGAUCAUUGUUCUUAACAACGUUGAAAUACAGGGACAUUUCUGAAGAAUCGGUACAUGUGCCAAAAUUGAAGUUUAAUUUUUUAACUUUUGAUAGUGUGAACAUUUGAAGAUAAGUGCUGUGAAUAUAUUCCACAUUAAUUCGGGUGAACUAGUAAGGUACUUGCAUUUGUUUAACUGAAUCCUACUCGGUGCUGAGUGUUACCCCAUUCAGCAUAUGAAGUAACUACUUGGUUUUUGAACUGUACAUGAGUAUUACUGGGAUAUAGGACUGCAGCAGCUCUCUUCAUAAAAUUAAUAUGGUUAGCACUAUAUGUAGGAGAUCUUAAGUGAAGAAAUUCUGUGAGGUUCACCACCUAUAGAAAAGAGAUUUGAUGAUUUUAUUUCUACAUACUUGGUAUUUUAUCAGUCCCAAAAUCAUCAAGCAGACUGAGAGUAAGGCAAACUAGGUACGAUCUAUUAUGUGUAUUGAGAAAUGACAUUUAAAUUAUUCAGUUAUUCAUAAAUUAUUUUGUUUGAAAUGUAGGUAUUCAUUAACCCUUCUGAAAAAAGUGCUUGCUGUUUAUCUUCAAGGAAAAAAGUUUUCCAGUGUGAUGUCAGAGAAGUUACUUGUUGCAAUUAAAUCUUCUUUCUAAUGAUAUUUAAAAACCAGAACCAGUCUUUAAUUCUGAAACAUCUAAUGUUUAAAACAUGGCCUGAUCUAGGCUCUGAAAGAGAAUAAAAAAAAAAAGUAAAGAAACAGCAAAGAAAAUUGAAAAGGAUUUUGAGAAAUAUUUUUGUGUGUGGUACAUGAUUGUGCUGGUAUUCUGCUGAACAAAAAUGGUAAGUUUAAAGUUAAGAUCCAGUCCAUCAGUAUCAAAACUCGAACAAUAGUGUAAUGCAUGUACUUCCUCAUUUCUGAACACGUUGUAUCCUUGGGAUAAUUAGAUAUGUGGAGUUUUCAGAUAUUUUAGCUUUCAGUACACUUAUGUUCUUUCUACUUCAAAAGGAAAAAUGGUGAAGUGCAUGUAAAAGGCACAUACAAAAUGUUUCAAAGUGAAUAGAAAUUUUAAAAUAUUAUAGGAGUGCAGAAUUCAGAAGAGCCAAGAAGGUCUGUGUGAGGAAAGAGGGAAUCAUUCAUGUCCUGCUUCAAUGGAGUACUUUACAACAGUUGAAUAAAUGUGUGCAUAGAGAGGGACAGCUUAUGCACCAAAGGUGUUGCUGUCAUGAUGUCCAAGAUUAUUCCAGGCCUGCUGAAACAAUAGUACUUGCACCACUAUCAAAAGGACACUGUCACAAUGGUUACUUAAAAAUUACGUUGCUCACUAUUUCAAAAUACAGUAAAUUAAAAUCUGAUUUUACCAUUAUUUCAUCCAUAUACAUUGGUUUAUCAAUUAUUAUUCAUAAUUGGUAGGCUGCUGAUAUUAAUAACUUUGUUCUUUAAAAACACUUAUUUUUGUUUGUGGAAAAUAUGCAGAGCUACAUGGACUUUCCAAACAUAGGAGAGAAUACAAGUCAAAAUAUAGGUUUAAGUAAUUUGGCUUUGAAUCUGCUUUUUUAACAAACACACAUGUCAAAUACUAAUUUAUUUUUCAGUUAAUUUUUUUCUUCCCACCUGAUACUUUGUCAUAAAAAGAUGAUGCAGUUUAGUAGAUAGAGAUUAUUUUCCAGGACAACAUUAAAUUACUUCUCCAUAUCUGUAGAUAAUGAUUUACAUUUUUCUCAUUAACUUAAUGUAUGAAAAAAUUCUUGAUUGCAGGUAGUCAAGUCACUGACUUAAAAAAACCCUUAGUAUUAAUAAAAUAAGUUAUAUUCCUUUUAAUUUAAUGUGCCUUGAAGAGAGAGAUUUUGGAAGAAGGAAUUUAAAUAAUGUUACUGUCCUCUUACUGCUUGUUCUCAUGGGUUUUUUUACUAACAGAUUUGGUUAUCUGAUGCAGUGGUUUAAUCAACAGAAGUAUUGGGAGGAGUAAUGAAUUCUUAUUACAUGACAAAAUCUGGAACCAAAUUUUAUCUGGAUCUAAAAAUUCCUUUCUUAAAGCAUAGACUUCAGUAACUUGAAUAAUUUCAAAACUUUUUAGCUUUCACUAGAAAGCUGCAUCUUAGACUUCAGAUUUUUUUUGCACAUCUAACUAACUUGCUGUUCUAUUCAUAACAUUGUCGUCUGAUGACAAUUUAACAUCUUCAGUCUCACUGUAUUAAGCUAGUGACUACAAAAGAAGCCAUUACUAAGCUCAGAAGUUUGAAUGAAAAUUCAGAUUUCACUGGUGGUGAACUGUGCUUCUCACCUCAAUUGAGAUGCUAGUGAAGUGUUUGAUAAUGUGUGACUCCUUAUGAUAUAGGUCAGUAUUUUUCAUAUGAAGGAAACCUCUGCAAUAUUAGGACCAGCUGUUGAAUGAUCUUUAGCUCAAGCAUGUAUUAAGUUUAAAAAAUAAAUACGUUGCAUACAGAAUUGUCACUCUCUAAAAUAUGGUCUGAGUUGCUCAGUUGUCUAUAUGUACUAUAUGUCUAUAUGGUAUUAAUGCUUAGCAACAGUAGGCAGUCAGACCAUUCAAUAUAAUGUUGAAGUGGCUCACCAGACGUCAACAGGACAAAACUAUCUGCUCUGAGAGAGAAUUCUUGUUAACUGCUUUCCUGUGUAGGGGGGACAUGAGGAUGAAUAGCUUGUCACAAAGUACAGUAUUAACUUACUACCUUUCCAUAUUAAAAUACAAUAUUUGAAUGAACAAGCAGUUACCAGCGGGGAAAAUGUCUUAAAGGCAUAAGGCUACUUGAAAGAAAUAGAUCGGUUUCAGCUCUGAAGUUUUAUUCCAAUGACUGCUUUUGGGAGUUGGAUGGCUGUUGCACUCUUUGGCCCUUAUUAUCAAAAAUGGCUGUAGUCAAAAUGAAACGUAUACAUGUAUAAUUGGUAAUUGUCUUUUUAUAAUCCAUCUUGUGAAAAAUGUAUUCUAGAAUUUACGCACGCUAGUAAUUCACCCAACCUCUGAGUAAAUUUCUUGGGACAGUGUUAUUUUAUUGUAUAGUACUGUGCAGUAUUUCAAGACAAAGGCAUCUUUUAUAUGAAUGACACUAAAUGAAUACCCUUGAUGAUGUUGUUCACUAUUUUCACUGUAGUGUAGAAGUGCAACAUAUCUACACAAUUCUGGUCUUUGGAAAAAAAUGACUGAAUAUGAUGAUUAAUCUGAAGAAACUUCAACCACUUUUUUGUAACUUUAAGAUAGAAGCUCUGUUGGUUUUUCAAGAUUUAAAUACCAGCUAUAUUUGAUUAUUAGCUAUGCAUCACUAUUUUAAAAAAAAAGGAAGAAUUAUUCUGUUUUCGGAUAGCUAGAACAGAUGUAUUAUAUGAAGAAAAUAUUUGAAAUCUUUUAAAUUUUUGGUGAUGAUCUUCUUAUGUUUGUUGAACUGAUCUCUAUGUACCAUAGUUAGCAAUGUAAUUUUGGGCAUACUCAGUUGUUUACAGCAACAGAUGACAGUAGUUAAACCAGUUUUAAUGUACAAACACAGGGACCAAAGAGUGAUUUAUACUCAUGUCUUUAUCUGUAAUGUUACAUAGCAGUAUAAAUAUAUUUCUAAUGUUCAUUGAAUUGUGAUUGUUUUAAUCUAAGGGAAAUAGUGAUUCUUUGUUAGUUUUGCACGUUGCUAUUUUUUUUUGUUUUAGUAUGAUCAGUUGAUUUUUGUUUGAAUUACAUUUGUGUAUUUUUUGUUAUAUAUAGUACCAUCUAGUAAAUAGCUUUUUCUGUUAUCAUACCUGUUUAGAAAAUCUGUCCUUGUUUGUAAACUGUUCUUUUUCACUUGCAUGUGUAUUUUGACAUUUCAUUCACUAAGCAUAUUUUAAUAUACUUUUAAUACAUUAAAACUUACUAUUGCAUCAUUAAUAUAUUAGCUUUAUAGGUUUA